GCAGCUCUCUCUUUCUCUUUCUACAUCUCAACCUCUUAAAAAGAUUGUACCUUUUUCUCUUUUUUACUUUCGUUCUUUGGUUUUUGAUCUUUGUUUGUUAACUGCAAUGUCGUUCGCUGCAACCACAACCGCAACGCCGUCGUUCCGCAUCAAACGAUCCACGAGGGGGGUGCCUCGGACGAGGAUGGCCGUCCGAUCUAGCACCAUUUCAGUGGCUCCAAUGUUGACCAAGCUACAGAGUGACUGUGCCACUCCUCUGCCAGUUCUUCGCCACGUGGCGGAUUCCAUGUCCACUGAUAUGCAUGCUGGCCUUGCUGUUGAUGGCGGUAGCGAUCUCAAGAUGAUCCUCAGCUACGUUGAUAGCUUGCCUACUGGGAACGAGAAAGGAUUGUUUUAUGCGUUGGAUCUUGGAGGAACCAACUUCCGGGUGCUAAGGGUUCAGUUAGGUGGCAAAGAAGAGCGCGUGAUCGCCACUGAAUUCGAGCAAGUAACCAUUCCUGAAAAACUCAUGUUUGGUACCUCUGAGGAGCUAUUUGAUUUUAUUGCUUCUGUGCUGGCAAAUUUUGCGCAACAAGAAGGUGGAAAAUUUCACUUACCUCCUGGAAGGAAAAGGGAAAUUGGAUUCACUUUUUCUUUCCCUGUGAAGCAGACAUCCAUUGAUUCUGGAAUACUGAUGAAGUGGACCAAGGGUUUUGCAGUCUCAGGAACGGCUGGAAAAGAUGUGGUUGCUUGCUUAAACGAAGCUAUGGAUAGGAAAGGAUUAGAUAUGCGAGUGUCUGCGCUGGUGAAUGAUGCAGUGGGAACUUUGGCUGGAGCUAGAUACUGGGAUGAUGAUGUUGUGGUUGCUGUCAUUUUGGGUACAGGAACAAAUGCUUGCUAUGUAGAACGGAUGGAUGCUAUCCCUAAAAUGCAAGGCAAGUUUUCUCCAUCUGGAAGAACGAUUGUCAACCUUGAGUGGGGAGCAUUCUCAAAAGGCCUUCCUUUAACAGUGUUUGAUAGAGAUAUGGAUGCUGCUAGCAUCAAUCCUGGGGAGCAGAUAUUUGAGAAGACAAUCUCUGGAAUGUACCUUGGUGAAAUUGCACGAAGAGCUCUGCUGAAUAUGGCUGAAGAAGGUGCUCUUUUUGGUGAAUCCGUGCCCGAAAAACUAUCCAUGCCUUUUAUACUCGUAACCCCACAUUUAUCUGCAAUGCAGCAGGACAAUGCAGACGAUCUGCAGACUGUUGGAUCAAUCCUAUAUGAUGUUGUCGGGGUUGAGUCCAACCUAAAUUCAAGGAAGAUUGUCAUAGAGGUGUGCGACACUAUCGUGAAGCGGGCUGGACGCUUAGCCGGUGCUGGAAUAGUUGGGAUUCUCCAAAAGCUAGGGAAAGAUUCAAAAAGUGCCGUCUUCGGCAAACGAACAGUGGUGGCCAUGGAUGGAGGCUUGUAUGAGCGCUACCCCCAGUGCAGACGAUACAUAAAAGAGGCAGUCGCAGAGCUGCUUGGACCUGAAACAUCUCAGAACAUCAUCAUAGAGCAUUCGAAGGAUGGCUCUGGGAUUGGAGCCGCACUCUUGGCUGCUACAAACUCCCAGUAUGACCACGAUUAUUAGGCAGGUCAACCUCAUAGUCUCCACAAGGGAAAAACUAUUUGCCAUGUAUUUUAUCUUUCUCCAAAGCAGUUGCAGUUUUGUAAUAUAAUUGUUAUAGGCAUCUGGGUAAGAACAAUAACAGCCUGUAGAACACAGUAGAAGUUCAGAAAUUCAAUCCAGAUUGUGAAAUCAAGACAUCUCUCUGUAUUUGUAUCACCAUGUAGUUAUGGGACGAAUUCUCGUACCACCAUCUAGAUAAAUGUUUUUGUAUGUGCUAUUAUAUCGUAAUUAUUUCUUUUGGGGGGCAAA